AUGGCGCGCAGAAACGUGUGGACUACGGAAGAAACCCGAGAACUGCUGGCCAUCAUCAAAGAGCUAGAUUUGAUGAAAAUGUUCGGCGAGGAGCGCAACAACAAACUCUACCAAAUAGCAGAGAAUGAGCUUAAACUACGCGGCUUCUUGGAUAAGGACGCGUUUCAGAUUGAACAUAAAUGGAAGAACCUGAAGCGAUCGUAUCACAAAACGAAGCGAGAAAACUAUCUGACUGAGUCGUGCGAGUUUUACGAAGAGCUGGAUGAGCUUAUGGCCAUGAAACCAACAGCCUCCGGCAGUAAAGUCAAAGAUGGAACCGAACGACCGAAACGACCGCGUGCCGUGCUGGAAAACUUUGACCUACUGCUUACCAGGCUCGCCAAGGUGGACCGGGAGAACAAUGAAGAAUUCUUUAAAAAACAGAAAGAUCUCGUCGAUUACGAGUUCGAUCUGUACACACACGACGAGCGGCAGUAUACAACCAAAGUCUCCCAAAUGCUCAACCGAAACAUGAACGAUUUUUGUAUGAAAGCGCACCAGAUUCUGAUCCAGGAAGGAGUUGUCGAACAGAUUGUUCAAAACGAGGGUGAAGCAUCGAUCCUGGAAGAAGAGGUGCAGGACGAGCAGGAACUAGGACAGACCGGGCAGAUCACUUUGUUGGAGCAUCGACCGGCCGUAAAGAAGGAGAUAGUGAAAGAAUUUUACCAAACAUGGCGCGAGGAGGAACCUUAUUAG